AUUAGCGACGCCUUCGCUCCGCCUUUCCACACAUCAGCCCUCAUCAGAGCGGUCAACCGUCGACCUUGAUCACGGAGGAAGCCAAUACUGCCCUUCCAAAACCUCAAUCGGUAAGUUUGCCUCGCCAAACCUUGAACACAUCACAUGUGCCCUAGCAGAGUCUCUCCAUGGGCCGCGCGGAAUCCCUGAGAGACAAGGGAGCAAACACCCUUAUAAAAACAGUCUACUUUUCACGUCAACCUCUGCCAUUUAGCGAUUCCACCAGCAUAGAUUCUGUGCUUGGGCAUUGAGAAAACGAGCGCUCCAUCUCUACACCCUUCGUUCGUAAAGAACGAACAAGAGACGACGCCAUGGCUCCCGACGACAAAAUCAACUCCACGCCCGCGUUCGAGACGCUCACGCCCGUGUCGACCAUCAAUGCGCCGGAAAAGGUCGCCCUAUCUAGCACGACGACAGCUUGCGACCCCACGGCCGACCGCUCGCCUCGCACCAGCAAGGACACCGACAAGGGCUCGAACCCCUUCGAGACGGACAUUGAGGCCAUGGAAAUCAUGGACACCCAGCAGCCAUGCGUGUCCCGAAGCCCCCUGUCCAAGGACAAGCACAACCCCAACUGCACAGUCUGGCCCGGCAAAGACCAUUGGAAGCAAAAGGCCAAGGCCGCCAAGAAGAAGCGCAGCUGCGCCCUGUUCGCCGGCAUGAGCAAGCGCAACCGCAUCAUUAGCAAGAUCCUCCUCGUCCUGCUCGUGGUCGGCAUCGCCGUCGGCGUCGGCUUUGGCGUCAGCAAGCCACUGGGCGCGCCCAUCUGGGGGAACCCCGACAACCACUGAGCGCCGCCGCGCCCGAUGGCACCACUAUCACGGCGUUGAUCUCUGGUUCUGUUGUCUCACACCACGUUUGCCUUGUUGGUUCGGCAUGUUUACGCAUUUCAAGCAUCAACCUAUAGACGAGGCUGGAUCUUGCGCGCGCGAGGCACUCCAAGCCCCUCACAUCGUCCUGGCACGGCAGAUCUGGCCGAAUUAGAUUUCGCAAAGCGACUUUUUUGGGCACAGCACCAAAGUUUGGGUAUUGUUUCCUUUUUUAGGAUUACGUGGCUUUUCUUUUUUUUUUUUUUUUUUUUUUUUUUCUUGAUUGGGUUUCAGCACCGGCGAGCGACCGGCGCGUCUAUAACACUCGCUUCAGGGGCGUAUCAGGCGUUCGAGAGAGCAUACACAGGAAUACCUUCCUGCC